AUGACUGCACAGGAAGAGACCGAGGUCAAGGUGCCCGUCGUUCUGGGUAAGCCUACCUCAAGGAACGUCAUCAUCCGACACUUUACGCAACAUGUCCGGUCAACGCUGUUCUCCGAGUUUCAACUCAUCCUCCUCACGUUCUGCACUGGCAUCCAAGAUGCCGUCACAUUCCCCGAGUACCACUGCUUCGCAUCCAACCAGACGGGUAACACAGUGUUCCUGAUACUAGCCCUGGUGACCCCGGCACUCGACGGCGACAUGUUCAUCACCAAGAACAUCGGCGCCGCCUUUGGGCUGUUCCUCGCGGGCGGCUGGCUGACGGGUCAGCUGAGCCACCUGAUCGGCCCGCGGAGGCGGUGGUGGCUCCUGCUGUGCAACCUGGUGCAGACGGCCUUGGUCUUCACGGCUGCCGCCAUCCAGUGGACCCGCCCCGUCGUACCCUCGGACCAGUGGGCCCUCCUCGUCGUCGGCCUCCUGGCCUUCGCCGCGGGGAGCCAGGUGGUUCAAUCGCGCAGCCUGGCCAUGACCGAGAUCAGCACGGCGAUGGCCACGGCUGCGUGGGUCGACCUCAUGAUCGACCAGAGGCUCCUGUGCCUUUCCGGUAACCGUCCGCGUAACCGCCGUGUGGCGUUCCUCAUCGCCCUCGUCCUGGGUUCCCUGUGUGGGGCGUUUAUCCACCGCGAGGUCGGGCCUGCUGUGGCAAUCCUGGUAUCCGCAUCGGGAAAACUGCUCGUGUGUCUCAUGUACCUGUUUGCCGGGUCUGAGAGGGACCCUCUUAACCAGUCCAUGGUGUAA